UCGAGAGUAGCGUCCCUGGAACAAUGGCAGGGAAGCCCCGAGAAGCCACAGACGUGUAGACAAGUUUGUGGUGAAACAGAAACUUGCAGCCAAACAUGGCUGACGUAACAAAUGUGUUCAAGGCGAACGUGAAAGCUGUUAAAUCACGUCAAAAGCUUCACGAUCAAAAAACCAACACCAGUUCGAAGAGCAAUAUUUUACCAACAGCAAAGCAAAGAGGAGAUUUUGAAACAAAAGCAAGGAAUCUGGUGAUCAACAUCACCAAGCUGAGAGACUUUCUUUUGCAAAAUAGAAAGGAGUAUGUUAAUGCUGGCAGUCUGCUAGCAGGACACCUUUCAACCAUGACAGAUGCUGAGAGAGACCAGAUAGAUAGUGAAGCACAAAGCAUAAUUAAAACCUGCCGUGAAACAAUUCAGAGGUUUCGUGAGGAGACUGGUGCCCAGACUGUUCAUCCUCAAGUGAAAGACCAUCGUGCUGCGGUUCUGUUUCUCAUUGAUGCUUACUUAAAAGCUGUGUGCAAGAUCUACAGUGAGCAGAAGGCUGUACGAGUUAAACGUGUAGUGGAUAAAAAAAAGAUAUCAAGACUGGAGCCAGAUAAGAGUAGGAGCUUUGUAGCUCGGCUAGAGGCACAGAGAAAUCAAGAGAAUGAGAAGACCACUGAGCAGAAAGGUUUUGAAGGCAAGGAGGAAGGAAAGGUUUCACGGCCAGACAGCAUUGCUCUUUUGGAGAGAGGAAGUGACCAGGAGGAGGUGGACAUUUCUCCUGAGGAGGCUCAAAUGUUCGAGCAGGAGAAUCAAGCCCUGUAUGAGGAGAUGAACAGCAUGGCUGAGGAAGUCAGGCAGAUAGAGGGCAAAGUGGUGGAAAUUGCUAAGCUUCAGGAAAUCUUCACUGAAAAAGUUUUGGAGCAGGACAAGCAGAUUGAUUCAAUCUCUACUACAGUGGUUGGAACAUCUAUCAACAUCAAAGAUGCCAAUGAGGAAAUUCGAGAGGCCAUCAAGAAAAAAGCGGAGUUCAGAGUUUGGAUUCUUUUCUUUAUAGUUGUAUGUUCAUUUUCACUCCUGUUUCUUGAUUGGUAUAAUGGAUGACAACAGGACCAAAAAGACUGGCAUUUGUCUGAAUUUCAUUGUUUUGAUUGAAAAUGAAUCUUUUGCAAAAAUUAUUUGUGUAGCUAUUUAAAGAAAUAUUUUAUCAGAGAAGUACACUUUAACUACAAGAGCUUCAGCACUGUACUAUGCAAUUGUAGAAAUAAAGAUCUUAUUUGCUACGUAUGCUAGUGCUAUUUACUUCAAGUGAUCCUUUGAUCUUGCAAGUAGUAGUUGAUUCCUGCUAGUGAGAUUCUUGAUUUUUAAGACUGCUUGUUGUAUAUAUGCAUUUCAUGUGCAAUAAAUAAUGCUCCUUAUC